GCAGGUGUGCCAGCUCACAUUUUUUACCCGUUUCUUAAAAUGUUGCGUAAACUGGUGCUAAUUUUCGCUUGCUGCGUCAGUCUCGGAUUUGCACAACCGCCACCUGGAUUCCAGGGUUUCCCCCAGCGACAACAACCAUUCAAUCGUCAACAGCAACCAUUUGAAUCUGGGAGACCCGGCGGGGAUCCCAUCAGUGCUGCGAUAGCUCCUGCUCCGGGACGCGGCGGGGACAGACCCUUUCGCCAAUUUCCCCCAUACAAGGCAAUUUGCAAGUUCUUGAAGAACCCGAGGUUCGUGAACCAGCAAGUGGAAUGUGCACUUGAGCCCGACAGUGGUGCUUGCUCGCAAGGUGUUUCCAAACACCUCCAGGGCAUCAGCAGUUUCCUUCGAGAAGCGUUGCCUGCGGCUGCUGGGCGCUCGCAGUGCAGCUAUUGCACCCAGGAUGACUUUGACAAAAUCCAGUUUAUUGCCAAGUACAUGCUUCGUCAUUAUCCGAGACAGUCCCGGGCUCUUGUGGACAGGUACCGAGAUGAAAUAAACGCUCACGGAGGAAUCCAAGGAGUGCGACCGAAUCCAAGUGUACCUGACAAAUGUCCGGAAGAAUAAUCCGCUUCGUUGGACGAACCAAAGUAACCGAUGAUAAUCAUUGGAUGAUUGGAAGAUCAACGCGAGAAUCAAGGAGUUUUCACGGCGAAAUGAAGGCAUCACGAACAACGGUUGAUGAAAUUUCGGAACGAAAGAACGUUUAUGAAAAAACCGUUAUUCUGUUUUGUGUGGAGAAGUACGUUUCGUCUUUCCUUCGUUUCGUCUUUGCACCAUUGAAUCAUUAUGUUGACCCGGUUUUUUGUUUUAUGAAGUUUUUUAUGCACGCGGGAAAAUAAACGGGAAGUUUUUUUUUUUUGAAAACGCAAAA